AUGCAGGGGAAGGUGGUGCCGCGGCCCAUCAUCACCUCGCUCGACUGGGAUGGCCGGGCCAAGGCCGCCGCCGGGACUCGUCCGCGGCGAACAAUUGUGUUGGUGGUGCUGUUCUACUACGUGGUGUCGAUCUCGCUGGUGCUGCUCAACAAGAUGGUCCUCAACUCUCGAAGUCUGCCCUAUCCGCUCUUCGUCUCGUGGACCCAGCUCGUCGUCGCCGUGGUGCGGCCGGCUCUGACAAGUGCGCUCCCGUCCAUUAGCCUGGAGUUCGACCUGGACAAGGCACGACAGAUCCUGCCGCUUGCCGUCAUCUAUAUCCUCAUGAUGGCCACCAACAACCUGUGCCUGCACUAUGUCCAAGUCUCCUUCUACCAAGCCUGCCUGGCGUGCGUCGUGGUAAUGGCCGGCUUUGCCCUGGGCAGCCUGGGCGAGGCCCAGUUCUCCUGCCUGGGUCUGGCCUACGGCCUCGUCUCCAGCAUCUUCGUAGCCCUCUACGGCAUCUUUGUCAAGCGUGCCUCACCCGUGGUCGAUAACGACUCAUGGCGGUUGAUGGCGUACAACUCAGAGGUGUCGAUCGUGGGCAUGCUGCCCUUGAUCGUGCUCUCCGGGGAAGCUGCGGAGCUGCCUGGAGCCCUGGCCCAGAUGGACGGCGCCACGCUCGCCACGUUGUUGCUGUCCGGGCUGCUGGGCUUCUUGAUUAACAUUGCCGUGUUCCUUCAGAUCAAGCACACCAGCCCGCUCACAAACAACGUGAGCGGCACCUUCAAGGGUUGCAUUCAGCUCAUCAUCUCCGCUGCAAUCUUUGGGGAUAUGGUGACGCCGAUGAACGUUUUGGGAACGCUGCUGGUCGUGGUCGGUUCGGCCUGGUAUUCACACGUGCGCUACACAGAGAUGGGGCAGAUCGAACACCAGACCGAACACAAGAAAUGGAUGUAA